AACGAACCAAACAUAAUCUUGAAUUGAAAGUUUUUUUUUAUCUUAUAUUAGACAAAACGAAUUUGUUAAAAAAAAAGAAAAUCAAAAGAAGAUCUCACUAUACAUUUAUGCUUGAUUAGCCAUCAAAUGUUUGUUGUCGAUUAAUAUUCAAAUGCUGUGUUGGUAUUCUUGAAUGAUUUGAUUUGACGAAGAAAAAAAAAGGAAACAAGCAACCAAGCAAGCAACAGAAUAAAAAAACUGUUCAAUAGAAUCCAAUUUGUUUUUCUAAUUUGCGUUGAAUAUAUCCACAUUACAGUUUAGUGAUUUUUUUUAUGAAUCCAAUUACACUAUCUAUCUAUCUAUCUACAUGUGCAAUUUUAUUCACUAUUCUCGAGAAUCUUUUUAAUUUUUAUUCUAUAAAAAUUGCAAUCAAAUAUUAGCAUUCUGAUUCUGAGUGUUUCCAGUUCAAUCGUCUCUGUGAGUGAGUGAGUGUUAGUGAGUUAGUUAGUGAGAUUGAAAGUGAAAAGACAAAAAUGGAUCAACGAAUUCAUAAUAAUGAAUCAAAAGUUUCGGCUGAAACAUCACCAUUAUCCAGUAAUAAUAGUAAUAGCCGUAGUAUGCCUAAAUUUGAAGUAAGCGCCGUUGAUGAAGAUGAAAUGAAAAAACAAUCUAAUGAAUCAACACCGAAUCAUCGUAAUGAUAAUAAUCAUCAAAAUUCUGGUAACGGCAGUAGUAAUAUGGAUGAACAACAACGUGGACAAAUUAUUGCAAUAAAAAGUAUUGAUGAUGCUAAUGUCGAUUCAUCGGCUGUUUCGCCGUUUAUUGUAUCACUGCCAUCUGAUGAAGAUGAUAAUGAACAAAGUCUUUAUGAUCGUAAUCAAAUGUUUUUGUUCAGUGAAGAUGAAGAUAAACGUGUUUCAUCAUUAUUAUCACGAUUGGCAAAUUAUGAUGAUGCCAUACAGCCAGUGGAAAUGGAACCCGGUGCACCUGGUGCCGAUACAACAUCAUCAACUGGUGCAAAAAUCAAACCAAAAGCUAAAGCUAAUCUUGGCGUACUUACCGGUGUUUAUCUACCGUGUUUACAAAAUAUAUUCGGUGUUUUAAUAUUCAUCCGUAUGGCAUGGAUGACUGGAACGGCCGGCGUACCAGCUUAUUUUGCCAUUGUAUUUCUUUGUUGUUCGGUGACCUUAUGUACUGCAAUAUCGUUAAGCGCCGUUGCAACCAAUGGAAUAGUACCUGCAGGUGGUUCAUAUUUUAUGAUAUCCCGUAAUCUUGGACCAGAAUUUGGUGGUGCUGUCGGUGUUUUAUUCUUUCUUGGAACAUGUGUAGCUGGCGCUAUGUACAUUACUGGUGCCGUAGAAAUAUUGCUCAAUUAUAUUUCACCAGAGAUUGCAUUGUUUGGCGAUUUUGAAGCCGACAAAAGUAUUCUAUACCAUAAUAUUCGUGUAUAUGGAACGAUAUUCUUGAUAAUCAUUGGCAUUCUGGUAUUUAUUGGCGUACGAUUUGUAUCGAAAUUUGCACCAGUCGCUUUAUUCUGUGUACUUGUUUCAAUUCUGAGCGUAUAUCUUGGUAUAUUUGUCAAUUAUAAUGGAAUUGAUAAAUAUCAAAUAUGUACGAUUGGUGGCCGAAUAUUAUCAUCGAAAAAUAACAUAACUUGUACUGAGGAUGGUUUACGUGAAGUGUUUUGCAAUCUAAAUGGAACCAGCGAUAAUAAAUGUGAUGAUUUUUUUCUGAAAAAUCAACAUACUAUUAAAUUGGAACGUGCAAUUCCUGGACUUAGUUCUGGUGUGUUUUGGGAUAAUUUUAUGCCAAAAUUUCGUGAAAAAGAUGAUCUAGUCAGUAAUGAUAAUGGAAAAUAUCGUGAAAAUAAAUCAUGGAUGGCACAAUUUAAUUAUGUUUUCGUUGAUAUUAGUACAUCUUUUGCUAUAUUGGUAUCAAUUUAUUUUCCAUCCUGUACCGGUAUUCUGGCUGGCAGUAAUCGUAGUGGUGAUCUUGCCGAUGCACAGAAAGCCAUACCAUUGGGCACUAUUGCCGCACAGCUCACAACUAGUUUUGUUUAUUUGUCCGUUAUAUUUCUAUUUGGCGCUUCAUACAAUCCAUUAUUUAUUCGUGAUAAAUUCGGAGAAUCAUUGGGCAAAGAAUUGGCUGUGACAUUAAUUUCAUGGCCACAUCCAACAAUAAUUUUAGCCGGUGCACUAUUGUCCACUUUUGGUGCCGCAUUACAAUCAUUGGUUGGUGCACCACGAUUAUUACAAGCAAUAGCCAAGGAUCAGAUUAUACCAUUUUUGGAUCCAUUACAAUAUGUUAAUAAACAUGGUGAACCAGUCAUUGCCAUUGCCGUUUCAUUGGCUAUUGCUGAGGGAGCCAUUCUCAUUGGAAAUCUUGAUUUUAUUGCUCCAGUAUUGACAAUGUUCUUCCUAAUGUGUUACAUGUUUCUUAAUUUAGCAUGUACAGUACAAUCAAUAUUACGUACACCAUCAUGGCGUCCACGUUUUAAAUAUUAUCAUUGGUCCAUUUCAUUAGCUGGAAUAUUUUUAUGUUUAUUAGUAAUGUUUUUAUCAUCAUGGAUCUAUACAUUAUGUGCAAUGGCAUUGGCUGCAUUUAUUUAUAAAUAUAUUGAAUAUCGUGGAGCGGAAAAAGAAUGGGGCGAUGGUAUUCGUGGUUUAGCUUUGAGUGCUGCACGUUAUUCAUUAUUAAGACUAGAAGAAGGUCCUCCACAUACUAAAAAUUGGCGUCCACAAUUACUUUGCCUAGUGAAAUUGAAUCCAGAUACAUUAGAAUUGAAGAAUUCAAAAAUAUUAACCUUUGCAUCACAACUAAAAGCAGGCAAAGGUUUGACCAUUAUAACUAGUGUAUUAAAUGGAAAUUAUGAAACUGAAUCUGGUAUUGCUCAAUCGGCUAAACAAUCUUUACGGCAUUCGAUGGACAAAGAAAAAGUAAAAGGAUUCGCUGAAGUUAUAAUCACUAAAGAUGUGACACAAGGAUUGAGUCAUAUAAUACAGACAGCUGGUCUUGGUGGUUUGAAACAUAAUACCGUACUAAUGGCAUGGCCACAUAAAUGGCGUCAUUCAACAUCUAGAGAUAAACAUAAUCGAUUCUUGUCCGUUGUUCGUCAUGCAACAUCGGCAAAUGCUGCAUUGAUUGUUGCCAAAGGUUUAAACAUGUGGCCUGAGAAUAAUGAUCGUUUAGGUGGAAACAUUGACAUUUGGUGGAUAGUCCAUGAUGGUGGAUUGCUCAUACUAUUGGCCUAUGUACUUUCACAGCAUCGUACUUGGAAAUCGUGCAAGUUACGAGUGUUUACCGUAGCACAAUUAGAAGAUAAUUCCGUACAAAUGAAAAAAGAUUUGGAAAAAUUUCUUUACCAUUUAAGGAUAGAAGCGACCGUUGAAGUUAUCGAAAUGAGCGAUACAGAUGUUAGCGCCUAUACAUAUGAAAGAACUGUAUUAAUGGAACAACGAACACAAGUUUUGCAAGCAUAUGGUAAUGAAUUAUCUGUUAUCAAUUCUAAUGAAACAAUCAAGCCCGAUGAAUUGAAUGUUCGACGAAUGCAUACUGCCGUCAAAUUAAACGAACAUAUAAUCAACAAAAGUCAUGCAUCUAAAUUGGUCAUAAUAAAUAUGCCUGGUAUACCAAGAAAAAUGACACCAGGCAGUGAAACAAAUUAUAUGGAAUUUAUUGAAGUACUAACUGAAGGUCUUGAACGUGUCAUUUUGGCCAGAGGUGCUGGCCGUGAAGUGAUUACGAUUUUUUCCUAAAAAAAAAAAAAAAAAAAUAACGAAAGAACAAACAAAACAAACAAGCAAAAAAAAACACUGCAUCAAGCAAAACUUUUGAUCCAUGAUCCAUUAUAUUCUUAAUUAUUAUUAUUUAUAAAUUAUACAUCAUCAUUAUCAUCUUGUCAUGAACUGUCAUCGUCUUUUUUUUUGUUGUUGUGAGUGUAGUGCUUCUUUUUUUUUCUCCUUCUUAUUAUACGAAUAAAAGUAACUUGAAUCAUCUUGUUUGUGCAACGAUGAAAAUCAAUCAAGAAAAAACAAACUGAACAGGAAACAAUAGCAGCAGUAUCAACGUCAAUUCAAACAACAACAACAACAACAACCGACAACAGCAACAUCUCACCAUUUAUAAAACAAUUUUACAAAUGUUAAAUAGUAGCAAUAAAAUUAAAAAAAAAUUCCAUGAAUCACACACACACACACACAAACUUUCACCAUGAUACGAAUGAAA